GCUUCACCUUUAAGGGAGCGCGGGGGUUGCCGGGAAGGCCGGCGGGAUGGAGGCGGCGGCCCCGGCUCACGGCGGCUGGUCCGGGUGAAGCGGGGCGGGAGCCGGAGCCGGAGCCGGAGCGGGAGCCGGGCCCGGGCCCGAGGCGCAGGCCCGGCACCCCUCUGCCCGCCCCCCUCGCUUCCCCAGGCGGCGCGGCCAUGGCCACGAUGGUGCUUCCGCGGGAGGAGAAGCUGAGCCAGGAUGAGAUCGUGCUGGGCACCAAGGCCGUCAUCCAAGGGCUGGAGACCCUGCGCGGCGAGCACCGCGCGCUGCUCGCGCCCCUGGGUGCCCACGAAGCCCCCGAAGCGGAGCCCGGCACCCAGGAGCGCUCGGUCCUGCUGCGGCGCUCCCUGGAGGCCAUCGAGCUGGGGCUGGGAGAGGCGCAGGUGAUCCUGGCGCUGUCGAAUCACCUGGGGGCCGUGGAGUCGGAGAAGCAGAAGCUGCGCGCGCAGGUGCGGCGCCUGGUGCAGGAGAACCAGUGGCUGCGCGAGGAGCUGGCGGGGACGCAGCAGAAGCUCCAGCGCAGCGAGCAGGCCGUGGCCCAGCUCGAGGAGGAGAAGCAGCACCUGCUGUUCAUGAGCCAGAUCCGCAAGCUGGACGAGGACGCCUCCCCCAGCGAGGAGAAGGGGGACGUCCCCAAAGACUCCCUGGAUGACCUGUUCCCCAACGAGGAGGAGCAGAGCCCAGCCCCCAGUCCUGGCGGAGGGGACGUGGCCGCCCAGCACGGGGGCUACGAGAUCCCAGCGCGCCUGCGCACGCUGCACAACCUGGUCAUCCAAUACGCGUCGCAGGGCCGCUACGAGGUGGCCGUGCCACUCUGCAAGCAGGCGCUGGAGGACCUGGAGAAGACAUCGGGCCACGACCACCCCGACGUGGCCACCAUGCUCAACAUCCUGGCGCUGGUGUACCGAGACCAGAACAAGUACAAGGAAGCGGCCCACCUGCUCAACGACGCUCUGGCCAUCCGAGAGAAGACCCUGGGCAAGGACCACCCGGCUGUGGCCGCCACGCUCAACAACUUGGCUGUCCUGUACGGCAAGAGGGGCAAGUACAAGGAGGCCGAGCCCCUGUGCAAGCGGGCGCUGGAGAUCCGGGAGAAGGUCCUGGGCAGGUUCCACCCGGACGUGGCCAAGCAGCUGAGCAACCUGGCGCUGCUGUGCCAGAACCAGGGCAAGGCCGAGGAGGUGGAGCACUACUACCGGCGCGCGCUGGAGAUCUACGCCACCCGCCUGGGGCCCGACGACCCCAACGUGGCCAAGACCAAGAACAACCUGGCCUCCUGCUACCUGAAGCAGGGCAAGUACCAGGACGCCGAGGCGCUGUACAAGGAGAUCCUGACGCGCGCCCACGAGAAGGAGUUCGGCUCGGUGAACAGCGACAACAAGCCCAUCUGGAUGCACGCAGAGGAGCGAGAGGAGAGCAAGGAGAAGCGGCGGGACAGCACCCCCUAUGGGGAAUAUGGCAGCUGGUACAAAGCCUGUAAAGUGGACAGCCCCACGGUGAACGCCACGCUGCGCAGCCUGGGGGCGCUGUACCGGCGCCAGGGCAAGCUGGAGGCCGCGCACACGCUGGAGGACUGCGCCAGCCGCAGCCGCAAGCAGGGACUGGACCCCGCCAGCCAGACCAGGGUGGUGGAAGUGCUGAAGGACGGCGGUGGCGGCCGGGGGGACCGCAGGGGCGGCCGCGACGCGGGGACCCGGCCCGAGGCUGAGCUGGACGAGGCGGGGCCGGCAGCCGAGUGGAGUGGGGACGGCAGCGGGGCUCUGCGGCGCAGCGGGUCCUUCGGGAAGCUCCGAGACGCCCUGAGGCGCAGCAGUGAGAUGCUGGUGAAGAAGCUGCAGGGCGGCGGGCCCCAGGAGCCCCCGAACCCCAGGAUGAAGCGGGCCAGUUCGCUCAACUUCCUCAACAAGAGCGCGGAGGAGCAGGUCCAGCCCGGAAGCACAGGCCUCUCGGACAGCCGCACGCUCAGCUCCAGCUCCAUGGACCUCUCCCGCCGCAGCUCGCUGGUGGGCUAACACCCCAGGCCCCCACCCCCGCCCGUGUCUCCCCGAGCCCCUCUCUUCUGUUCAAUCUCAGGGUAACCCCCCCCCGCUGCCAUCUCCGCCUGAGCCCCGGACGCUGGGCCUGCCUGUUCCGGCUCGAUCCCUAAUUUAUUCCUGCCCGCAGCCCAGGGCCAGCGCAGGGCCAGCUGCUCUCCCGGCCAGAGCCGCAGCCCCGCGAGGCCCCCAACCAAGAACACUCAGCACCCCCCUCUCCUCCCGGCCGUUGCUUGUGUAUAUAGAGAAAUAAGUUAUUGGCCAUGCAGCCCCCCCCCAAUCCUGGUGUCCCCUGGCCUCCCCUGCCCCCUCCUCUAGUGGUACCGCCCAGGCCUUAAUCACCCCCAUUCCGCACGGUGGUAUCUUCCAGGCUCCACUUGGGCUGUGGUGACCCCACCCCCCCCAGGAUCCCCUGGUCCCUCUUGCGCUGCUCCUGGCCCACAAGGGGAGACCCCACCCCGUGGCCCUCAGAGCUGGGCCCUGCCCUGCACCCCAGCCUUAUGCACUGCCCCUCCCACCCAGGCAUGGCCUGACCCCGGCCUGGGCACCGCGUGCCCCAGCCACCGCGUCUCCCCCCACGCCUGCAGCUUUACCUGGGACAGUGAUGGCUCCCUGGGGCCCAGGGGCUGCUCCGAGGGGCCUGCGGGGAGGAGGUCGCUCUCAUUUCAACUGUUGCUGUAGAAAUAAAGACGGUUUGAAUCUGGA